AUGGCCAGAGGGACCCAGGACCAGCUGGCUCAUUACCUGGAGCUACUGCCGAAAGAGGAGCUGAAGGAAUUCCAGCUUCGGCUAUCCAACAAAACACUCUUUGGGUGUCCUUCUGGUGUGACACCAGCUCAACCAGAGAAGGCAAGUGGCACGGAGGUGGCCUCACAACUGGUGGCUCAGUAUGGGGAGCAGCGAGCCUGGGACCUGGCCUUCCAUACCUGGGAACAGAUGGGCCUGAGUCUGCUGUGUGCCCAGGCCCAGGCACAGACGACCUUGACUUCAAGCAACUCUUCCUUAAUCAUCGGCUCCCCAAAAACACCCGCCAUGGAGUCCCCCAGCUGGCCCACCUCCACAGAAGUGCUGAAGUUCUGGAAUUUUCCUUGCACCGGGUCCACCCGGGAAUCAAAGAGAAUUUUUCCUGUAACACCUAGCCACAUCCAGAAAGGAAAUYCUCCCUUGUUCCUCCACAGAGCUCCUUCAAGCUCUACAGACCAGGAGUCUCCAAGCCAAGAGUCACCCAAUGCCCCCACAUCCACAGUGCUGGGGGGCUGGGAACCUCCAUCUCAAACCAAUGCAGAACCAAGGCAUCAGGGAGCUCCUGAGACUGAGAGGCUUCUGGCUGAAACAUCUGGAAACUAUUAUGGAGGAAUCAGAGAAAGAUAUCAAAACCAGAGAAGAGAAAAGCUCCGCCACRCACAAUCCUGGAAAAAUGACAAUAUGCACCAAAAAUUCACACAGCUGCUACUUCUACAAAAGCCUCAUCCCAGAGGCCAGGAUCCCCUGGCCAGGAAAAGCCGGCAUCGUGAUGUAGUGGAGGAGCAAGGACAUUUGAUUGAGAUCCGUGAAUUAUUUAGCCCAGGCCCAGGUUUCCAGAAAGAACCUCAUAUUGUCAUACUGCAUGGGGCUCCUGGAAUUGGAAAGUCAACACUGGCCAGGCAGGUGAAGGGAGCCUGGGAAGAAGGCCAGCUGUACAGAGACCACUUCCAGCACGUCUUCUACUUCAGCUGCAGAGAGCUGGCCCAGUGCAAGUUGGUGAGUCUGGCUGAGCUCAUCUCAGAAGAUGGGAAAGCCCCUACAGCGCCCAUCAGGCAGAUCCUGUCUCAGCCAGGGCAAUUGCUCUUCAUCCUGGAUGGUAUCGACGAGCCAAAAUGGGUCUUGAAGAAUCAUAGUCCUAAGCUCUGUGUGCACUGGAGCCAGUCACAGCCCGUGCAUGCACUCCUGGGYGGUUUGCUGGGGAAAGCCAUACUCCCUGAGGCCUCCUUGCUGGUCACAUCUCGGACCACAGAUCUGCAGAAACUCAUUCCUUCUUUGAAGCAACCACGUUGGGUAGAAGUCCUGGGCUUCUCAGAGUCUGGCAGGAAAGAAUAUUUCUACAAAUAUUUCACAGAUGAAAGCCAAGCAGACAGAGCCUUUACUAUGCUGAAAUCAAAYCCUGAGCUCUUGACGUUGUGUCUCAUGCCCUUGGUGUCCUGGAUGGUCUGCACUUACCUGAAGGAGAACAUGGAGUUGGGGAAAGUACUCCCACCCACCAUUCAGACCYUCACAAGCCUGUGUAUGCACUACCUUUUCCAGGCCUUUCCAGCUCCACACCUAGGGACACAGCUCAAGGACUUCUGUUCUUUGGCUGCUGAAGGCCUCUGGCAAAGAAAGACUGUGUUCAGUGCAGGUGACCUCAGGAAGCACGAGUUAAAUGAAGCCAUCAUCACCAUUUUCUUGAAGAGGGGUGUUCUCCGCAAGGGCCCUGACUCCCUGACCUAUAGCUUCAUUCAUCUCUGUUUCCAGGAGUUCUUUGCAGCAAUGUCCUAUGCCUUGAGGGAUAAUGAGGAAAGAAGCCAAAGUCCUGAUGGCCUUGGAGGUAUGGAAGAGCUGCUAGAUGUGUAUGGAAGGAACAACCUCUUUGGGGCACCAACCGUGCGCUUCCUGUUCGGCCUCUUAAGUGAUCACUGGUCAAGAGCAACSGAGGAACCCUUCACCUUCCAGUUGUAUCCGGAAAGGAAAUGGGAGCUGCUGCAAUGGGUGGAGGCCAAAUCCCCACCAGGACAGCCACACUCUCUGGAGUUUCUCCAUUGUUUGUAUGAGACUCAGGAUGAGGAAUUCCUAAUGCAAGCCAUGGACUGUUUCCAAAGAACAAGGAUGUAUGUCCAGACAGACAUGGAGCUUCUGGUGUUCAUUUUCUGCAUUAAAUUCUGCCGUCAUGUGRAGAGGCUUCAGCUGAAUGAGGGCCCACAGAAGGGACAAGGAUGGAGACCCCCUGGUGUUGUUCUGUCCAGAUGGGUCCCCAUCACCGACAAYAGCUGGCAGGUUCUCUUCUCUACUCUCAGGGUCAGUGGAGGCCUGAAGGAGCUGGACCUUAGUGGAAAUUCGCUAAGUCACUCUGCAGUGCAGAAUCUUCGUAGGACCCUGAGACCAYCUCUGUGCUACCUGGAGACCUUGAGGUUGGCCAGCUGUGGCCUCACCGCUGAAAGCUGCAAAGACCUUGCCAUAGGGCUGAGCACCAGCGAGACCCUGACUGAGCUGGAGCUGAGCUUCAACUUGCUAACAGAUGCUGGAGCCCAGCACCUUUUCCAGAGUUUGAGUCAGAGGUUUUGCAAGCUACAGCGAUUACGACUGGUCAGCUGUGGCCUCACUUCCAGCUGCUGCCAGGACCUGGCCUCUGCACUCAGCGUCAGCCCCAGACUGUUGGAGCUAGACCUGCAACAGAAUGACCUGGGCAACCAUGGAGUGAGGCUGCUCUACAAGGGGCUCAAGCAUCCAGCCUGCCAACUCACACUCCUGUGGCUGGACUAUACCCCUUUGAGUGACCAGGUGAGGGAAGAGCUGAAGGCCCUGGAAGAAGAGAUACCCAGGCUGCUCAUCUCCAGCAGAUGGAAGCCAAGUGUGAUGAUCCCUACUGGGGACCCGGAUGAAGGACAGAUGGGUGAGAACAUGUCCUCACUCAAGCGACAGAGACCACAAUCAGACAGGGGUGCUGGGGAGAACAGACAAGAGAACAUACAGCUGACCACUGUCCUGCCUAUUCCAGAGGAAAGCUCCCCACAAGUAGCACAAGUGGAACCCUUCCAUCUGUCUUCUCAUGCCUCUGCUGAGGACUUGCACAUGCAGCCUCUGGGGACUGAAGAUAACUUCUGGGGCCCCACAGGGCCUGUGGCUACUGAGAUGGUAGACAAAGAGAAGAGCUUGUAUCGAGUUCAUUUCCCCAUGGCUGGCUCCUACUGCUGGUCCAACACGGGUCUCACCUUUGUGGUAAGAAGGGCGGUGACCAUCGAGAUUGAGUUCUGUGCAUGGGACCAGUUCCUGGGCAACACUAUCCCACCGCAGAGCUGGAUGGUGGCAGGGCCUCUGUUUGACAUCAAAGCUGAACAGGGAGCUGUGGCCGCUGUGUACCUGCCUCACUUUGUGGCCCUCCAAGAGGGGCCUGUGGACAUCUCCCUGUUCCAUGUGGCCCACUUUAAAGAGGAAGGGAUGCUCCUGGAGAAGCCAAGCAGGGUGGAGCCACACUAUGCAGUCCUGGAGGACCCCAGCUUCUCCCCGAUGGGAAUCUUGCUGAGAAUGAUCCCCACCGCCCUGUGCUUCAUCCCCAUCACCUCCACCACACUGCUGUACCAUCAACUCCAUCCCAAGGAGAUCACCUCCUUCCACCUCUACCUGAUCCCUAGUGACUGCUCCAUUCAGAAGGCCAUAGAUGAUGAAGAAAAGAAGUUCCAAUUUGUGCGAAUACAUAAGCCACCCCCAGUGACCCCCCUUUACCUGGGAUCCCGCUAUACUGUGUCUGCUUCAAGGAAGCUGGAAAUCAUCCCCAAGGAAUUGGAGCUCUGCUAUCGGAGCCCCAGAGAACCUCAGCUCUUCUCUGAGUUCUACAUUGGCCACUUGGGAUCAGGGAUCAGGCUGCAAAUCAAAAACAAGAAAGGUGGAACUGUAGUUUGGAAGGCCCAGCUGAAACCAGGAGACCUCAGACCUGCAGCCACUCCGAUCCCUCCAGUCACCAAAGAUGCCUUGGGCUCACUGCACUUUGUGGACCGGCAUCGGGAACAGCUGGUGGCCCGAGUGACAUCUGUAGACCCUGUCUUGGACAAGCUGCAUGGACAGGUGCUGAGCGAAGAACAGUAUGAGAAGGUACGGGCAGAGACCACCAAGCCGGGCCAGAUGCGCAAGCUCUUUAGCUUCAGCCGGUCCUGGGAUUGGGCCUGCAAAGACCAGCUCUACCGAGCCUUGAAGGAGAUUCAUCCUCAUCUGAUUGUGGAACUCUGGGAGAAGUGGGGGGGAGGCUUAGGGAGUCUCUGA